CUCCAAGGACAGCUUCCGUCUCACAUCUCUUGGAAGCAAUGGAUGCACGCUGGACAUCACCGAAUGAUUGGAGGUAUGUUUCCGAAGGAGGGGCGACGAUCGUCUUCUCGUAUGUCGGCGCCUAUGACCCAAACUUCACUGGCAUGGUUCUCCGCAUUCGGAAAGUUUCACGAAGUGAAAUAAGUCCAGAGGAACUCCUGAAACAGCACGAGAACGAGGACGAAGACUCUCAAUACGCAGCCGAAGAUGAUGAUCCUACCGUUGCUUUUCAGUCGCGGAUCAUCUCACGCCUUGUGCCGUCGGAGCACCUCCCCCGCCUUGAAUCGUGCCGUGUCAGCCUUGCUUUCCUCUCGAAGCUCUCACUUUACUCUCAGUCUUAUCGCCCUUUGGAGAGAAUAGCCCGAGACUCGAUUGACACUCGUAAACGACGGGCUGUCCUUGCUACCGAUCUCGUUGGCGCUGGUGCGGGAGGCUUUGCAGUCGAAAUUAAGCCCAAAUGGGCAUUCCUACCUAAUCCCAAAUACCUCUCCUUGGCCACCAAAGAGGUCAAGCUAGCAUAUAGCCGAUUUGUUAUGCAUUCCCAUUAUCGGUCUUUACGAGAGCAAUCAGUGGCUGAGAAGGUGCCGCCCGUUACCGAUUAUGAUCCACUUGAUCUCUUUUCUGGUGAUGAAAAACGAGUCGAAAUGGCGGUUGAGGCUUUAUGGGCUUCAUGGGUCGCCAGUAAUGGGGCAGUGAAUAAUCUCAGGGUAUUCCUGGAUGGGAAGAUGAUCAAACCCAAUGAUGAGGGGGCUUAUCAAUCACUAUCCAAGCUCCUAGCAAUCGACUCCGCACUAUCAUCUUCAGAAGCCCCCCGUCAGCCGUUCAUUCAAGCCUUACUUCCACUCCUCCUACGAAAGCCAUUACUAAAAAUACUGGAGACUCUUCAGCGGACACUCGAUUCGCUAGACAUAGAAGGUCUAUUGAUACUUUGGGAUCGGGCCCAUGCGGCUUCUAAUCCACCACCACAACUAGGUGAAGGCGAGCCGGAGCCUACCCUCUUUGAAUGGGAAUCAUUCGUGGAUGAAUAUCUGCCCCGCACAGGGGGUGGUGCGGUACCGGGGUUAGACAACUUGGACUUGCUCCCAGCUGUUUCCGACCUCCGUUAUCAUAUGCUUGCGUACCUUAUGUCUGCCACUUUCAAAGAUUGUUCUGUCAUCCUCCGAUUCCCCUCACUAGAAGCUAGGGACUUGGAGCCUUGUAUAACAGUCAUCGAUCUGGACCCCAAGUCAGUCGCAAGGUUGCAUAAGUGGGCCCAGUUGGAUAGGGAAAUCGCAGAGACUUACUCUGAGCACGUCGCGAAGCAAAAGGGAUCUGGUGACUGAAUGUUGAUUGGGACAUACUUGGGGGAGCCCUGUAGUGCAUGUCAAAUAGCUGUUUAACAGACCCCCAUAAUCCUGACUGAGAGUGCGCGAAGACAAA